CACCCAACGGCGACAUAUUGAAGCCUCCCUCUUUCCAACCGGAUAAUGCAGAUUGCAGAGAGACCCUGAGAAAGAGAAAAUAUAUAUAUAUAUAUAUAUUUUAAAAAAAAUAAGGGCAAAAAAAAUAUAUAUCAUAUUAGAAACGCAAUGGCUUUGAUUAACCGCUCCAAAUCUUUCUCAAUGGUCUUUCUCGCAAUAGUCACGCUGCUAUUCCUCUCCGGCGAAGCCGAGGGCCGCGGCCUCCGCGUCCGCCGCCCCAGAGGCCGCGGUGCCGGCGGCGACAUCUGCCGGAGAGCGGACUACCCGGGCUUGUGUCGCGCCGUAGUGAGGGGACAGAAGAGCCCGUACGCGGCGUCUCAGGCGACGGUGAAGCAGCUGAUAGCGGAGACGAUAGCAGCGAAGAAGGCGGCGGCGAAGGUGGCGGGGAAGUACAGGCAGGUCCUUGGGGUGUGCAAGGAGAACUACGGCGACGCGUUGAGCAGCCUCAGGACGAGUCUCGGUAACAUGAAGGCCCAUGACAAGGGCAGCUUCAACAGCAACCUGUCAGCGGCGCUGACGGACUACGAGACGUGUGAAGACACCUUCUCGGAGAUGGGAAUAAGGUCGCCGCUAGCAAGGACCAACGCCAGGCUCCGUCAGAUGGCGGACAACGGCCUUUAUUUGGCCACCAUGUGGCGCUAACAUUAAACAAUGUUAGAGGUAUCGGUGAACAUUACACAUUGAUAGAAAGUGCGUUAUAUAUAUAAUUUAUUUUCUAUUAGCUAUGAUGCUUAGCAUGGAUAGUGUCCUUAAACAUUUUCCUGUGAGUACUGUACCUUGCCUUGCCUGGCUCGUGUGUUGCUGAGUUUGGUCUCU